CCCCCGCUUCAUGUCUGUGCAGGAGUCGGCAGCUGGCGCCAGGGCGGCCGGAGGAUGCAGAGGGGCCGGAGCCGGGCGGGCCGGAGGCCGGGGCGCGCGCUCCUCCCCACCCCUAGCCCGUGAAGCCGCCCGCCCUGGGGCGCGCUGCCUCCUGCGGGGCCCGCGGCUCCCGGGCUCUCCUGGUGUCCCUUGCUCUCUGCUGCUGAGCCGCCCCCUCCCGCGCCGCUGCGAGUGGCCACCCCGCCUUCGCCUGGAUCCCGAGCCGCAGGAGCGGAUCAUGGAGGUGGCGUCGGAGCAGCCUCGCUGGAUGGCGCACCCCGCCGUGCUGAAUGCGCAGCACCCCGACUCGCACCACCCGGGCCUGGCGCACAACUACAUGGAGCCGGCGCAGCUGCUGCCUCCGGACGAGGUGGACGUCUUCUUCAACCACCUCGACUCGCAGGGCAACCCCUAUUACGCCAACCCGGCCCACGCGCGCGCGCGCGUGUCCUACAGCCCGGCCCACGCCCGUCUCACCGGAGGCCAGAUGUGUCGACCGCACUUGUUGCACAGCCCGGGCUUGCCGUGGCUGGACGGCGGCAAAGCGGCUCUCUCCGCCGCCGCGGCCCACCAUCACAGCCCCUGGACCGUCAGCCCGUUCUCCAAGACCCCGCUGCACCCCUCGGCUACUGGAGCCCCUGGAGGGCCGCUGUCUGUGUACCCCGGGGCUGCGGGUGGGGGCGGGGGAGGCAGUGGGGGCUCGGUGGCCUCCCUCACCCCCACUGCAGCCCACUCUGGCUCCCACCUCUUCGGCUUCCCGCCCACGCCACCCAAAGAAGUGUCUCCAGAUCCCAGCACCACCGGAGCUGCUUCCCCAGCCUCCUCGUCGGCAGGAGGUAGUGUAGCCCGCGGUGAGGACAAGGAUGGCGUCAAGUACCAAGUGUCACUGUCGGAGAGCAUGAAGAUGGAAGGCGGCAGUCCCCUGCGCCCAGGCCUGGCUGCCAUGGGCACCCAGCCUGCGACACACCACCCAAUACCCACCUACCCCUCCUAUGUGCCCGCCUCGGCGCACGACUACGGCAGCGGGCUCUUCCAUCCUGGAGGCUUCCUGGGUGGACCGGCCUCUAGCUUCACCCCGAAGCAGCGAAGCAAGGCACGCUCCUGCUCAGAAGGCCGGGAGUGUGUCAACUGUGGGGCCACAGCUACCCCUCUCUGGAGACGGGAUGGCACGGGCCACUACCUGUGCAAUGCCUGCGGGCUCUACCACAAGAUGAAUGGACAGAACCGGCCCCUCAUCAAGCCCAAGCGGAGGCUGUCUGCUGCCAGGAGAGCGGGCACCUGUUGUGCAAAUUGUCAGACGACAACCACCACCUUAUGGCGCCGGAACGCCAACGGGGACCCUGUGUGCAACGCCUGUGGCCUCUACUACAAGCUGCACAAUGUUAACAGGCCGCUGACCAUGAAGAAGGAAGGGAUCCAGACCCGGAACCGGAAGAUGUCCAGCAAAUCCAAGAAGAGCAAGAAAGGGGCCGAAUGCUUUGAGGAGCUAUCCAAGUGCAUGCAGGAGAAGUCAUCCCCGUUCAGUGCGGCUGCCCUGGCUGGACACAUGGCCCCCGUGGGCCACCUCCCACCCUUCAGCCACUCUGGACACAUCCUACCCACACCAACGCCCAUCCACCCCUCCUCCAGUCUCUCCUUUGGCCACCCUCACCCGUCCAGCAUGGUGACUGCCAUGGGCUAGAUACAGUUUCCCACUGGACAGACAAGGACAUCAAGGGUGGCUGGCAGAGCCAGAGCGUGGCCGGGUAUUCCCAGGAUGGGUGGAACACACUCUUGGCUCCCGCUCCUCCCAAGAGACCCACACUUCCUCCUGCCAGCCCAGCCUGGCCGAAGCCACCUCUUCUGGGAGGACUCCCAGCCUUGUGCCGCCAUUACUGUGAAUAUUUCUAACUGGGCUGCAGUGUGUGUGCCCCGGGUGCUGCCCAGGAAAGUGUUUUCACGGAUAGUUGCUUGGAGAGCAAAAUGGACAGGUUUAUAGCAAGAAAAGGAGCAGACUGGGGACAGAAAAACAAAAACAUUUUUUUUUUGAAGGAGAAAGAAGUAGGCUAAAAGAAUUAUUUUGCUCUUAUUUUUUACAAGGAUGUGAAGACAUGGAGGCGUGGGCUGUUUGUGUUCUCUGGGUCCUUCCUCAGGGCCUCCUGCCCUCAGUCAGGGCUCUGGGGAGGGGCAGACUUACAGGGCCCCAACCUGAGCCCCCUCUGCAGCCUGGAGGUAGCCCUUGCCCUGACGCAGCCCUAGAGGGCAGAGACAAUCGCAGGCGGUCCUGCGCGGAUUCCCAGGCCAGGGCUGGGUCACAGGAAGGAAACAUUCUCUGGAAAGGGGAAAUGUCUCCCAGAUCAUUCCCUUGGCUUAGAGAGGCCAAAACUGGUGUGACCCAAAUGGGCUAAGCCAUGGCCUGCGCUCUAGGCCAGUUGGACCCCUGUAAAUACAUCCUUUUUCUGCUAACCCUUCGACCCCCUCCCACUCUAAGAUAAAUAAGAAAAUAUUCAAAACAAAAACCAAACUGCAUAAGCUUAACUCGCUGAUGAGUGGUUUUAUUUUUAAACUCGUUUUGGGUCCAGUCAAUUGUACGUUGCCACAGAAGCCUCACCAUGAAAAGAAUAAAACCUACAAACCAGGGCUGAGCUUCACAGUUCUUUCUUGAAUGGUUCUUGGGUCCUGCGGUCCUGGCAGGAGGCUGGGGACGAGGGGGAGCUUGUGCUCUUGGUUGCCGGGGGCAGGCGGGCAGCAGCCCUGUGAUCUGGGGCUUCUGUUCUGCUGUGGCUGGUUGGAUCCUUCAAGGUACAGCUGUACAUAAAAUGUGUCCCAAGCUUCGAUUCUGUGUGCGGUGGUGGCGGUGGUGCAGCAGCCAGCAAGUGGGCCCCAAGCCCGGGAGACGAUUGCGCUGACUCCUCAACCAAGUGCAAUACCGGUGUCCAAUUGCUGCGGAGCACCCUGACCGGAAGUAACUUAUUUUGUGCUAGUACCCGCAUAAGAAAAAGAAUCGGCAGUAUUUUCUGUUUUUAUGUUGUUGGUUUUUUUUUUUUUUUGGCUUGUUUUAUUUUGAAUUAGUGACUUAAGUUAUUAACUAUGUACAACAUUUAAAUAUUGUCUGUAAAAAUUGUAUGCUACCCUCUUAUUCCUUUAAAGUGAAUACUGUUAAAAAUAAUAAAAUACUUUUUGUGAAUGCUGCA